AUGGCCAUGGCCGACGCCUUCUCCAUGAAAGAGGAGGCCCCAAACCAGCUGCAAGUCUGGCGGCCGAUUGACCCCGGGGCGAGCGGAACCCCCAGCUCCAGUGUCUACAGCAUGGCCAACGUGGCCUACGCCGAUGGGGCCCUGGUCGGGGGCGGACAUAUGGACGACGAAAUGGCCGGCCUGGGCGUGGCCGCCGGCGGCGGCCAGCUGGCCGGUAAUCCCGACGACGGGGACCCCGGGCCCGGCGGCUUGGCGGCCACCGGUCCGGCGCACGGCGGCUCCAUGCGCGACACGCCGAAGGCCGAGCGCAGCUGCCACAACUGCAACACCUCGGUGACCUCCCUCUGGCGGCGCGAUGGCCAAGGGAGGUACAUUUGCAAUGCGUGCGGCUUGUACCGGCGGCUGAAGGGCUGCGACCGGCCGGUCACCAUGCGGCAGAACACCAUCAAGAAGCGCCGGCGGGCCUCCUCCGCCCAAAUUAUUUCCAACAAUGCCAUCCUGUCGUGUGCACGCGGGGCCGGCGGCGUGCCGCAUGUCGGGGCCGGGUUCCUGUCCACCAACUCCGGCCUGGCGGCCCUGGCCGACAUGUACAGCAGCCACACCCUGGGCAAGCUGGCCGAGGUGGGGGCCGGGCCCGGGGCCGGGGGCGGCCCGGCCGGCUCGGUGGGCCCCGGCGGCCCGGCCGGCGGCCCGGCCGGCAGCUACCUCAACCACUUGUCCUCCUCGUACCUGGGGUCCUUGAACAAGUACAUUGGCUCGCUGCCGGGGAUCGGCAUGGCUGCGGCGGCGGCGGCCGCGGCCGCGGCGGCCGCCGCGUCCUCCACAUCCACGGUGGCCGCGUCCAUGGCCGCCGGCUCCGGCAGCGCGUCCUUGGGCUUCCCGCAGCAGCCGCAGCAGCCGCAGCCGCAGCCGCAGCCGCAGCCGCAGCCGCAGCAGCUUCUCCCCUCACACCCGGGCCACUCUUACGCCGGGGCCUUCGCCAACGGCCCGGGGCCCGGGUUGUCCAACGGCGGUCAUGCUGCUGCUCGGUCCCAGCAGCCGCAGCAGCGAGAGCACCACCAUCACCACCACCAUCACCACCAGCAGCCGCCGCCGCCGCCGCCGCCGCAGCAGCAGCAGCAGCAGCACCAGCAACAACAGCAGUCGCAGCAGCAGUCGCAGCAGGGACAGCCUGUGCACCACCCGGGGCUUCAGUACUCGGGCCACCUGCAUGCCGGUGAGGAGGCCGUCUCCUUCGGAGAUACCGGCUUCUUGUCUGGCGGCCCGGCGGAUGUCUUGACCACGGCCGAGGCAGACGCCCCGCCACAACGCAUGUACCACAUCCGCGCGCCGGAGCACCAGCACCUCCAGGCCCAGCAGCAGCAGCAGCAGCAGCAGCAGCAGCAGCAGCAGCAGCACCAGCUGCAGCCGCAUCAGGGCUAUGCUGCCGACGCCGGGGACUUCGGCGGUCACCCGGGCCUCAGCGCCUCGGCCGUUCAACAGCACCACCAGCCGCAGGCCAGCGGCAGUUCCUACGACCCGGCGGCCGACCACCAAGCCGGCCCCGGGGACUUCUUCUACCUGGAUGCCCCGGCGGCCGGCGGGCCGGCCGGGCUCGGGGACCGGGCCAACGCCGACACGGCCGUCUGGCACCCGGCCGAGGAGUAUGCAGCUCGACAUGGGGGUGGGCUUGUGCCCGGGCACCUGGCCCUGCCGCUGGCCGGUGGCCUUCUCUCGACCAGCGCCUCGUCCGACCGGCUGAGCCCUCUGACCCCGGGCGCCGGGCCCGGGCCCGGCCCCGGGGACCUCUUCAGCUUCCCGACGCCGACGGCCACGCCGCAUGUCGGGGGCGAGGGCGAGCUGGAGCAGCAGUCACUGCACCUGGCCGGCCUGGGGGCCGGGCUGCCGCAUCAUCAUCAUGGGCACAUCCACCCGAGCCAUGCGCAUGGACAUGGCCAGGGGCACGCGCACGCGCACGCGCACGCGCAACACCCCGCUGCCCAGGCCCAUGGCCAGCACUACCUCCAGCACCAGCACCACCUCCCGGGCCCGGGGCCGAUGCUUCACCCGGCGGCGGCGGCGGCGGCGGCGGCGGGGCACCACCCGCCGCACGGCCAUGUGCUCCUGACCGCGCAGGGGCUGGGGCCGGGCGGCCACCUGGCGGCCGGCAUGCCGGCCGUCGGGCACCUCCAGCAGCCGCUGGCCCACCGGGCCAGACCUCCACCGAGGCCGGAGAUCCCGUCCGCAGCCACCGGGGCCCGGGCCAAGCAGCAGCACCAGCAGCAGCAGCCAUGGAAGGACUUGCCGCCGCUCGUCGGGGGUGCGGCCAUCGGUCGCGAGCAAUUCAGCAGCGCCCUGGAGCUGGUGACCCCCUCGCCGAAUGAGGAGCACUCGCCGGUGUCGGCCGGCGAUCAGGGGGGCGGGUCGCUGCAUACGCCGCCCUUCCUGCCGCACCUGCUGGUGUCGGUGCCGGGUGCUGCCGGCAGCUCGGCCGGGCAGGGGGUCCUCCUUCAGCCGGUGGCCGUCGGCGCCGGCGCCACCGGGCCCGGGCACGACCAUCCGGCCGAGCUGGCCGGCUGCCCGACGCACAUCCUCUCGCCCCAGAGCGACAGCACCAUCAUCCAAGCGGCCGGGGGCGCCGUCGGCCCGGGAGGCACCAUCCUCCCGGUCGGCCCGGGCGAGGAGGAAAUCAGCACCACCAUCCUGCGGGUGUCGGCCCCCCUGCGGCCGAGCACCGCCGGCGGCCAUGCCGCGCACUUUGCCCUGACCCCCGUCAGUGCCGGGCCCGGGCCGACAGUGAUGGCCAAGGGCCCGGGCUCGGCGGCGGCGGCGGCGGCGGCGGCGGCGGCGGCGGCUCCCGGCGACCUGCCGCCCCCGAUGCAAGCCGCCCAGCAGCAGCAACAGCAGCAGCAGCAGCAGCAGCAGCAGGCCCAGCCGCCGGCCUCCUCCGACAUCGGCGACGACACCCCCCCGCUGGAGGGCAUGGCCACUGUGGGGCCCGGCUGUGCGAGCGAUGUGCCAUCCAGCUGCCCGACCGGCCGGCUGGAGUGCGCCGACGCCGUUGGCACGGGGGCAGGCGGCUUCGUCAGCACCGGGGCCCCGGGUGCCGACGCCGGCCGGCCCCCGGCGCCGGGGCUGGCCCUCGCCCUCGACGGGCUGGCGGGGGACUUCCACCAUCGUGGCCAUGCCGGCCUGUCGGCCACCUUGGUCGGGCCGGAGUCGGCCGUGUGGGGAGAAGGCCCCGGCGACCAUGGGGGAUCCCUGGGACACGGUGUGGCGGGGGGCGCGCCGCAUGUCGGCGGCCGGCCGGCCGGCAUGCCGCCGCCGCCGCCGGGCCACCCCCACACCGCCGGCAUGAUGGCCCACCACUCGGCCAGCAACGCCGCGACCCCGGUCGAGGAGCACCCCCCCCGGUGCCAGAUGCUCGGGUCGGUGGCCGGCAACGGGGGGGGCCCCGGCGGCAGCCCCCUCGGCGAGGAGCACCUGUCCGGUGGGCUGGCCGGGCCGGACGACCGGAGCUGGAUGGCCGGCGACGCCUUCUUCUUCAUGGGCGGCGGCGCCGGGCCCGAUGACGAGGGGGGCUGCCUGCCGAGUGCGGGCGACCCGGCGGCCACCGCGUCCUCGUCUCCGCCGAUCACCCCUUCGGCCUCCGCCUCCGGCGGCGCCUCCGCCUCCUCGGCCACCACCAGUGCUGCUGCCCCGGCAUCUGGCCACGACACCGCGUCGGCCAAUGACCAUGUCCCCGGGGGCCUGGAGCGCUGCCUGCCCUCGAGCGCGGCCGGCCGGCCGGCCGCACACUACGCCUUCGUCCUUGAUGCUGGCUCGGCCGCGGCCGAUGCCGAUCCCGGGACCUACCUGCCGUCGUUUGUCGGCGGGCCGGGGCCCGGCAUGGCCGGCGCCACGGACCCCGGCCUAGGCCUGGCCAAUGGCGCCGGGUCCCUGCUGCUGGGCGGGCACUCGCACUCCCGCCUCCUGCACCCGCCGCACCGCCCGUCACACCACUCGCCCGGCUAUGGGGCCGACACGCCAGCCGGCGGAGGGGACUUCCACACGGCGCCCAGUGCUUCGCACCGUGCCGGGACCCCGCCUACCGGGGCGCACGCCGCCUCGCCGCAUGGCCCCGACGCCCUUCAGCUGCGCCCCGGCUCGGGAGGGGCAAGUGCCCACCUUGGCACGGGCGCCGACGCCGGUGAUGCCACCACCGAAGAGUGCGCCCCUCAGCCAGCUCAGCAGCGCAUGCAGCAGCAGCAGCAGCCCCGGCAACUUCGGCACCCGCCGGCGCACGUGGCCCAGCAGCCGGCCGCCGAUGGCCGCCACCUUGCCCGGGCCCCACCCUGUGCCUAUUCCCACCAGGCGGCAGAUGCCCCCCUGCGCCAGCACCCCCACCCCCACCAGCAACAGGGAGUGGCCGUUCACCGGACCGGAGGCUGCCCGAUGGAUGCCGGGCCGGCAGCCAAGAGCUCCGGCGCCCUUGAGGGCCUCACGCCGGUGCCCCGGCAGCCCGGCACCCCCGGCGGAGGUGUGGCCGCCGUGGCGGACUUCCUCGGUGGCGGGGGUCUUCUUGACGCCGGCGUCAGCCGGGCCCCCGGCGCCGAUGAUGACGGGGCUCACGACCCGGCCUUCCAUCACUACCUCUUCGGCCUCGAGGGCGGGGGGGGACACCCGGUGGAGGGGCAUUUCCCUGCGCGCAAGCGCACCAUUCCCCAGUCCUAUCAUCAAGAGCUCCAUGGUCACGUCCAUUAG